AUGAUGCGUAUCUUGAUACGACGAUAUAGCGUUUCGCUGACUGCACGGAACCAGGUCUCAAGCCUUGUCCUGCGUCCUUAUCAACAGGAAUGUGUUGACACGUGUCUAAAGUCGCUUGAGACGACCCGUCGAAUAGCAGUUAGUCUGGCUACCGGAGGAGGCAAAACUGUCAUAUUCAGUCAUUUGAUUGACCAAAUUCCACCGAAUCCGAAAACUGGACGGUCAAAAACGCUCAUAUUGGUGCAUCGCAAAGAACUGGCGGAUCAGGCUAUUGCAUCCUUGCGAAGAGUAUAUCCUAAAUACAAAAUAGAACUGGAUAUGGCAAAUCGCAAACCUUCUCAUGCACCAGACAUCGAUGUCGUUGUUGCCUCGGUUCCAACUUUGAACAGGAGCACUCAGCGACUAGAGUCCCACGACCCAGGUGAAUACAAAGCUAUAGUCGUCGACGAAUGCCAUCACGGCGUUGCAGAAUCAUACACCAAAAUACUGAAGCAUUUUGGCUGCGAUUCUGCUAAUUGCGAUAUAGCGCUGCUUGGGUUUAGUGCCACAUUGUCAAGGUACGAUGAGUUGCCGCUUGGUCUUGUUUUCGACGAAAUCGUGUAUGACAAGAAUCUGGUGGACCUCAUUCGAGAAGGCUAUCUGUCUGAUUUUUCGUGGAUCCAGGUUUCUGCAGGUCUAGAGCUCUCUCAGGUUUCCCUUGGUAAAGAUGGAGACUACAAGAUGGACGAGCUGGCAAAUCACGUCAACAAGGAUGAAAUCAACUCCCUGGUCUUCCAAAGUUACCAGCAUUUUGUUGAAAAAUAUCAACUGAAAUCAUCCUUGUUCUUUUGUGUUAAUGUUGCCCAUCUGGAAAGUUUGUCGCUCGUUUUUCGCUCCAACGGUGUGAAUGCACAAUAUGUGACAGGAAAUACGUCUAAAUUCGAGCGUGAAAGACUGAUCGCGGAAUUUUCAAAUGGGGAGCUGCCUGUUCUAAUGAAUUGCGGUGUGUUCACAGAAGGAACGGACAUUCCUAAUAUCGACUCCAUAUUCAUGGUACGUCCGACGCAAUCCAAGACUCUCCUUACUCAGAUGGUCGGGCGAGGGCUCCGGCUACAUGAGAGCAAACAUAGAUGCUACGUGAUUGAUUUCGUGGAUGCACACAAAGUUGGUGUCCAUUCCAAUCCUACCCUGGAAGGGAAGAUGAAAACAACUGGAGUUAGUUUAUUUGAAAGCGAUACUGGUCGCGGACAACAGGGCGGCCCAGAUAUAGAAGACAUCAAAUACAUGGAGUAUGACACUCUUGAUGGCUACCAAAAAAUCUUUGAAAAGUUCAAGGAACAGCAAGUGGUCCAAACAGAAAACAUAUUCGGCAAGUUCAAGACAAGCCAGUUCCCAUGGAUCCAGUUGAAACGUGAUGUCUGGGGACUCAACCUAGGGAAGGAAGAAUUUUAUCAGAUCAAAAUAUACCCCACAGGAGCCAAGACCUUGUCACUUGUCAAAACCGUUCGUCGAGGUAAAAUCAAAUACCCAGAGUCUCAGCAGAUAGCUGAGAAGGCGACCCUCGAGGAACUUUUUGCGGAAUUGGAGAAACAACUUGAGAAUUAUCCUGAAAAAUAUCAAAGGUAUCGCCAGACAUUGAUCCGCGGCGCAAUUACUCCAAAACAGCGAGAUUUCAUUAGAGGCGUUACUAUCAACCUGAUCGAUAAAAAUCCUAAAAUAGAUCAAGCGAAAUUCGCCGGAUUGCUGGACAAAAAGCUUAAUGCUAUGAGCAAAUUCGCUGCUUCGAACCUGAUUUUUGCUUACACAGUUUCGAGAACGAACGCUCUCAAGCUGUUUGUCAAGCAACAGGUUCUUCCCUCGAAAGCACUUCAGAAAUACGUAGUCUCGAAAUGA